UAGGUUCGUUCCAUUUUUGUUGUCUUUUCACUUGGUCCAUCCAAAAACCAAAUAAGAGAUUUGGGUCACUCGACAAACCUGAGGAUCUCUCUCGAUAUUAAUUCGCUUAAUCUUCACGAAAAAGGCUGGAUGUAAUGGAUCAGAGGAAAAAAAAUAUGACAAAGAAAACGAGGAAAUUAGGGAAAUAUGAGGUUGGUCGAACCAUAGGGGAAGGAAGUUUCGCUAAGGUUAAGUUUGCGAGGAACAUAGAGACUGGAGAAAACGUUGCCAUCAAAAUCAUGGCUAAGAGUACUAUUCUCAAGAACAAGAUGGCUGAUCAGAUCAAAAGAGAGAUAUCUAUAAUGAAGAUUGUACGGCACCCUAACAUAGUAAGGUUGUAUGAGGUUUUGGCGAGUCCUUCGAAAAUAUAUAUCGUUUUGGAGUUUGUGACUGGAGGAGAGCUCUUUGAUAGAAUUGUUCAUAAAGGGAGACUCGAAGAAAGCGAGGCUCGCAAAUACUUUCAACAGCUUGUAGAUGCUAUUUCUCAUUGUCACUGCAAGGGUGUUUACCACCGUGACCUCAAACCAGAAAAUCUUUUACUCGAUAACAAUGGUAACCUGAAGGUUUCUGAUUUCGGACUCAGUGCAUUGCCUCAGCAAGGAGUAGAAAUUUUGCGGACCACGUGUGGAACUCCAAACUAUGCAGCUCCAGAGGUACUCAAUGGCCAAGGCUACGAUGGUUCAGCAGCAGAUAUUUGGUCUUGCGGGGUUAUUCUUUUCGUCAUCAUGGCUGGAUUCUUACCCUUCUCUGAGACUGAUCUUCCAUCUUUGUACAGAAAAAUUGGUGCAGCAGAGUUUUCUUGUCCACAGUGGUUCUCUGCAGACGUGAAGUCUUUAAUACAGAGGAUACUUGACCCCAAUCCCAAAACACGUAUUCAAAUCCAAGGAAUUAGGAAUGAUCGGUGGUUCAGAAUAAGUUACAUGCCUACUCGAGCAAAGGAAGAGGGAGAAGUGAAUCUCGAUGAUAUUCGUGCAGUUUUUGAUGGAAUUGAGGGAAGUUAUGUAGCGGAGAAUAUAGAGAGAAGAUAUGAGGGACCCCUGAUGAUGAAUGCCUUUGAGAUGAUUACCUUAUCACAAGGCUUAAACCUAUCAGCACUAUUUGACAGGCGACAGGAUUUUGUGAAAAGGCAAACCCGUUUUGUUUCUAGAAGGGAGCCUAGUGUGAUAAUUGCUAACAUUGAGGCUGUUGCAACCUCAAUGGGUUUUAGGGCUCAUACGCGCAACUUCAAGACAAGGCUGGAGGGAUUGGCAGGGCAAUUUGCUGUUGUGAUAGAGGUUUAUGAGGUAGCACCAUCACUUUUCAUGGUAGACGUUAGAAAGGCUGCUGGUGAAACACUUGAAUACCACAAGUUCUACAAGAAGUUAUGUGAGAAACUGGAGAACAUAAUAUGGAGAGCAACGGAAGGAAUGCCAAAGCCAGAGCUUUUCAGAACAAUCACGUUUUGAUUCAAUUCAAAGCAAGCCAGGUCCCUCUCCUACUCUGAAUAUAACAAAACAUUGGGAAUAAAAGAGUAGAUUGGUAUAUGGAUAAAUGUCGUAAAUAAACUUCAAAAAAAAAUUGGAAAAAUAUGCAAUCUUGAAUGCUUUUUGCAAUUGAAUCCAUUAAUUCUCAAACGUGUAUGGGACAUACUUGUCAACACUUGGUUCCGGAAAGAAAAAUUUGUCUGUGGGUUUAAAUUAAAAGGGACUGUGAGACUGAAUGUGAGGUCAUCUUUGUUAUUGCUUGCAGUAUGAUUUAUUGAUCCGAAAGAAAUGAUAGUAAAAAAAAAAAAAAAAACAAAGUGUACCGGCGGUACAAAGAUGUGACGCAAAAUGAAGGCCUUUUCAGUUUUUACCAAAACAUGUGCAUCAAAAGCUCAAGAAAGGUGGGUGAAGUCUCUUCCCCAGGGUUUUUGUUCUGUUUCACUAAAUUUGUAACGCCAAAAUGAUACAAAGAAUGGAUGUGAGACCAAUGUCCAUCACGUGCCAGACUUGCCUUGGACUUUUUUGCACUUAAUACACACAAAAUAUUGUCUUGCUUUGAUA